AUGGCAGCAAACGACUACUAUAACAGCUUCAGAAACGAGCCAUCGCACGGCCAGUAUGCCCCUUACGACGGAUACCACCACCCGCCGUCCAACAACCCUCCAUCGUUGUCUCCAUACGAUCCCCAUAGCGACCCGUAUAACCACCGGCAUAGCCAGAACUCCUUUACCUCGGACCACCACUAUGAUACCGUCGGUGGGGGAAACCAUGGUCCGGACCAGUACGCAGAAGAUAUUCCUCUCAAGCCGAAUGCCCAGCAACCCCCUCAGGUGCCGGAGCCCGAUUGGAUGCACCAGAACACGCAGUACCAUCCCGAGGUGCCGCUGAGCCCGGACACAGACGCAAGAGCGAGAAGACGGAGGGGUUUUUUUAAGAAGAAGAUCGCGUGGGUGACAUAUCUGUUAACGAUCAUUGAUGUCGCCGUGUUUAUAGGCGAGUUGGUCAAAAAUGCGCAACUGACGGGCAGUCCGAUUGAGAUCCAUCCGACCUUCAACCCGAUGAUCGGGCCUUCGCCGUACGUUCAGAUCAACAUGGGAGCCCGCUUCGUGCCUUGUAUGAAGAACGUUCCCGGGGUCCAAGACAAUCAACAGGUCAUCUACUGGAACUGCCCCAACUCGACUUCUACCGACUCCAACGACCCCAGCAAUCGUUGUACGCUCUCCGAGCUAUGCGGAUUCGGUGGUGUGCCCAAUCCUCACCCGGGUGGUUCCUUGAAUGAUCGCCCUGAGCCCAAUCAAUGGUUUCGCUUCAUCAUUCCCAUGUUUCUCCACGGCGGCAUCAUCCACAUUGGGUUCAACAUGCUGAUGCAGAUGACGAUGGGCGCGGACAUGGAGCGGAACAUUGGCUGGUGGCGGUAUGGACUGGUGUAUCUCUCGAGCGGCAUCUUCGGGUUCGUGCUAGGUGGGAAUUACGCUGCGCAAGGCAUUACGUCCACAGGGGCGUCUGGCAGUCUGUUUGGGAUUAUGGCGCUCUUCUUGCUGGACCUCCUCUACACAUGGAGAGAGCGUCGAAAUCCCAUGGUGGAACUGAUCUUCAUGAUUUUGGAGGUUGGCAUCUCGUUCGCCCUGGGUCUCCUGCCCGGCCUGGACAAUUUCUCCCACAUCGGCGGCUUCAUCAUGGGCCUGGCCAUGGGUCUCUGCAUGAUGCGUUCUCCAAACUAUAUCCGGGAACGGAUAGGAUUGCCCCGAACUCCGUACGUCGCCAUGAGUGGCGGUGCUGGACCUGGGCGUGCGGAGGACGAGGACAAGGACCGAGCGUUCAUCAGCAGUCAGCCCCUUCGGUUUUUCCAAGGCCGCAAGCCCCUGUGGUGGGCAUGGUGGCUCGUGCGGGCGGGCGCUCUCGUCGCGGUUGUGAUCGGUUUUAUCGUCUUGUUGACGAACUUUUACAAAUACCCGCAAUCGAACUGCUCAUGGUGCUACCGGUUGAGUUGCCUGCCUAUCAAAAACUGGUGCAGCUUGGGUAAUCUGCAGUUGACUCCGACCUAA